CAGGUGUGACAGGCUUCCUCUCACAUAACCAAAGCAAAAUGUGGACUAUCUCUCGCUCUCCUGUGGUAGAUACAGCAUCUGUGGUGGAAGGAUACAGCGUAUAGUGAGAACAAGAAAUUGGAACUUGAAACACAUCAAGCAGGUGUGAUGGAGGUCGGGCACACUGUGUGAACAAUGUGUGAGUCAGCGAUCCGUCUCUUUGAGCAUUAGCAGUCACACUGGGCAGGAUGAUCUACCUGGCUCACACAGCUCACUGGCAGUUCGUGGGCCUGAUAUCCGGCUUACUGGCGUGGAUCCUCAUCGUGACCACGGUCGGCCUCAACGAGUGGCGGCUGUGGUACGUGGCCGAUGUGUCUGUCAUCAGCUCGGGUGUGGCCUGGGUGGGUAUCUGGAGGGCCUGUUUUUACAGCCAUGCCCUUCCCAAAACAGAGAACUGUUGGAGCAUCGGCAUCUCGGACCACUUUGCUCCUGCAGAGAUCCCAGCGGCUCAGGUGCUGAUGGUGCUGGCAAUGAUCUUCGGCCUGGCGGGAACCAUCAGCGCUGCAGUGGCCAUGAGGAUGGUCUACUUCGCUGUGGAGGAUCGCAGGCACAUACGGCUGGUGUUUGUGCUGGCAGGGACCCUCUAUGUGCUGACGGGGAUGUUCUGCUUGGUGCCACUGGUGUGGAACAUGCGCUCUGUGCUGAACAACAGCACCAUAGACUUUCCUCCCGAGUUCCACCUCCCCUCAGCUCCUGUCAGGCAGCAAGUGGGCUCCGCCAUUGGAGUGGGCAUCUUCGCCUCCAUAAUGAUGCUCAUAAGUGGGUUGCUGUUCCUUUGCUACCGCUUCGCCUGGCAGGCCCUGAGCUCAGAGUCCCCCAGAGACACCAGGGACCCACUCCGUGGUCCCUGGACAGAAACCACCCUGGCACAGAAGUCUGAGUUGGCAAAUAGAGACAACCAUGGCAGGGAUAAUCCUGCAUUUCACAGUGAAGAACAUUUUACUAAUGUACAAUCUUAGAUUUUCAUGUUUUUCAUUCAUUGAAAAAGUGACUUGGACAAUGUCAGGGAAGAAAAGUCACAUUUAAAACUCAGAGCGGCUGAAUAAAAACAGUAUGAGUUUAGCCUAUAUGCUGGAGCAUUUGCCAUGUCAUAUGACCAAGAAUGCUGUGAAAUACACAUUAGUCCAGCAUCAAAAUACUGCAUCAUCCACAAUAAGUCAUUGUCAAUUCACAAUAUCUCUUUGUAACUUAUAACUAAAUAAAUGCUAACUCAUUAGCAAACAGUUGCCCAUUAACACCUCCAGCAGAGUUGUGUUUCUGUUCACAGGAUCAAUCUAUUGUAUUGAUUAUUCAGUAUUAACUGUAGCUCUUCAGCUGCUAAACGCUCCACUAUGUUUACUAGCUUGUUGCUGUCGUCUGCCUGCCAUUUGUGCCGGGAAGCUAACAUACAGCGGGUUUACACAUCCAGCGGAUAUGGAGCGACCUUAACAUUUAUUUAGAGUUGUAUUUAUGUCCACCCGAUGUAUGUAAGUCUGAAGGAAGUUAUUUAGCUUCAGUUAGCUCUUAAGCUGCUAUGUGCUCCACCAUGUUUUCCAGCUUGUUGCUAACAAUGUCUGUUUGGCAUUUUCAGUGAAAAAGUUGGCUGCCUGAAACAGUGAGAGCGGUGAAAGUGAGUCAACUGUAGGGUGAAUCAGAAAACCAAAACAAUGAGCUAAAAGGAGCUAAAACGCUAUAAAUUGUUUGUCACUACAAGCAACACCCUUGUUUUACAUCCAUUAUUAAUAUAAAAGUAUAGAUUUUUGCUGCCUUAAUAUUGUCCUGUAUUACAGCGUUUUGUGUAUAUGAUCUGGAUUUCUGCAGUCAUGUAAUUAAUAAAAUCUACAAAUCCCA